GUGGGCUACCCGAGCCGCGCCUACGUCUGGGUCAUGGCGCGCAAGCCGGAAAUGCCGCGCUCGGUCCUGGACGACAUCAAGAAGCGUUUAGUAACGGACCACCAAUACCCCGAGGGCCUCCCCGACCUCGUGGAAGUGCCCCAGAGCUGGGACCGCGACGCGACGGCGCAGUUCGGCUGGAAGCGCCGCGGCGUCGACGUCUCCCCGAAGUAGUCGCCCUGGAGAACGCCGGCGCGCACGAUGCUGAUAGAGGGGCCUUCGCGCCUCUGAAAAUUUAUGGAAGACUCGGCGACCCGGCGCGGGAUGAUUUAGUAGCGCUCAAGCAGGAGAGUACGAAAAUCCUCUGUGUACUAACGAAGCGCGACGGCGCGGCGGACGCGGCCCGCGUCGGCGCGCGCAAGUUACUGGGCCCGGGCGGCGUCCAGGCGACGUGCCAGUUCCAAACGAUCACGGGGCUGACGCCGUCGUUACGAGAAUUAGAUGCAUUAGCGCACGUUUCGCUGCUGAGUCCGAGGCUACGCGAAGCUUUAGUAUCAAAGCAGACGCGGCCGGUCACCGUCCAAACGAAGCGCACGGAUCUAGGCGAAGACGCCGCCGCGGCGGCCUGCUGCGCGCGGUUAGACGCGCUUGUUUCAAGGAGCGGCUUCUCCCGCCAUGCGCGCACGAAGUGCAACCCGAGCCAAUUGGAGGCUAUUGUGCAUGCCGUCGGCGGCUUUGCGCAUGAUAGCGAAGAUAUCACACUGAUCCAGGGCCCGCCGGGCACGGGAAAAACUACGACGUUAGUAGUAUGCGUGAAUGCGUUACACAACGCUCAAUAUCAAACCUACUACCAGGAAGUUCUAAGGGAGGCCAUCCACAAGGACGAUCUGGUCCGGCAGGCGGGCUGGAAGAAAUGUGCUAGGAGAUGUGAGUGGCUCGAGAAGUUACGACACUUGAAGCCUAGGAUACUCAUAGCCGCACCGUCGAACGUUGCGGUAAAACGACGAGUCGCCGAAGCCCGCCGUCGUGGCCUUCACCGUGUCGAAGACGGCGGGCGAGGCUAUUGGAUUAGCCAGACAAUUUGUGGACGCGUUGGACGUGUUCACGUCCCAGUACCUGUCGCUGACGACGGCGGCGUACAUCACGUUCAAGUUCCUGCACUUCCGGGUGUUCGAUUGA